CGUGGAAGGAAUAUCGUGGGGUAGGAGAGAGAAAAUAGGGGGGAGGCGAGUAACGCAGCGUGGAGAACGGAAAGCUCGCGGGGUCGUACUCGCGAUCGGUCUGUCUACACGACGACAAGGGUUCUCUCUCUCACGAAGGACGCUACCCCCCUCUGAGCGUACAGUUUACGUUUCUAUUUCAUCGUGAAACCGAAAGUUAUCGAAGAAACGAGAUGCACCGAAGGAUCACGAUAUUGCUCAUCGCUUCAGCGCUCGUUGUGGCAGUUCAUUCAGACGUACUAAAAUGCUACAUGUGCACCUCGCUGUCGGACGAAGGUUGCGGUUCCGCUUUUAACAACUCGUUACAACCGGUAGAAUGCACUGUUAACAAGAUAUUUGAAUGGCAGAGAGAUCUUCAGCAACACAGGACCCUCAGCAAGAUCGUGAGCCUUUUCGGGAUCGACGAAGCGCUACAGCAUUCUCAAAGAACUCCUCAGAACAUGGCUUGCGCCAAAAUGGUUCUUAACGUGGAUAAAGUGGAUAAAGAAGUGAUCGUAAGAACGUGCCAAACAAACAAAACGGAUCACAUUGAUCCUUGUACGGUGAUGGAGGGAAAAAUACAGAAGGAUCAAUUGGGCAUGAUGAAGAACUGCGACCUCUGUCACGAGGAUGCCUGCAACGGCACGACAGUUGUAUCUCCCGAAAUAUUUUAUGCGCUUCUGUCGCUUCUCGGCGCUCUCAUUAAUGUUGCUUUUUAUCAUUGGGCGUAACCGUUCGCGUUCACAAUUUCUCACGCAUUCCUCUUUAAAAAAAAUGCCGUAUAGUAGAUAAUAAUCAUUCGACAUCAGAUAUCAUGCAUACUCGUUAUGUAUAAUUGUAAUUCAACCAAUAAUAAUGUCUUCCACAUGAUUAGUGCAUACACGUAUGUACUAAUAAUGGAGACGAGUGUAUGUAUAUAUAUAUAUAUAU